CCCGCCCACGGAUCCUUUAAGAGGCGGGGCUUGGCCGACAGCCCCGCGGCCCGGGCAAAAGGCUGGCACUUGACUCGGGCGGCGAGAACGAGCCCCGGCUCCAUCAGCUGCAGCAACCGCCGCGCCGGAGCCCGAGCCACGAUGAGCGGCAGAGUCGGCGACCUGAGCCCCAAGCAGCAGGAGGCCCUGGACAAGUUUCGGGAGAAUGUCCAGGAUGUACUGCCCACCCUGCCGAAUCCAGAUGACUAUUUCCUCCUGCGCUGGCUCCGAGCCAGAAGUUUUGACCUGCAGAAGUCAGAGGCCAUGCUCCGGAAGCACGUGGAGUUCCGAAAGCAAAAGGACAUUGACAACAUCAUCAGCUGGCAGCCACCAGAGGUGGUCCAACAGUACCUGUCAGGUGGCAUGUGUGGCUACGACUUGGAUGGGUGCCCCGUCUGGUAUGAUAUCAUCGGACCUCUGGAUGCCAAGGGACUGCUGUUCUCAGCCACCAAACAGGAUCUGCUCAGGACCAAGAUGCGGGACUGUGAGCGGCUUCUACAAGAAUGUGGCCGGCAGACGGCGAAGAUGGGGAAGAAGGUGGAGACCAUUACCAUGAUUUAUGACUGUGAAGGACUUGGCCUCAAGCACCUCUGGAAGCCUGCCGUGGAAGCCUAUGGAGAGUUUCUCAGCAUGUUUGAGGAGAAUUAUCCUGAAACAUUGAAGCGGCUUUUUGUUGUUAAAGCCCCCAAACUGUUUCCAGUGGCCUAUAACCUCAUCAAGCCCUUCCUGAGUGAAGACACUCGGAAGAAGAUAAUGGUGCUGGGAGCGAACUGGAAGGAGGUUUUACUGAAACACAUCAGCCCUGACCAGCUGCCUGUGGAGUAUGGGGGCACCAUGACUGACCCUGAUGGGAACCCCAAGUGCAAAUCCAAGAUCAAUUAUGGGGGUGACAUCCCCAAGACCUUCUAUGUGCGAGACCAAGUGAAACAGCAGUAUGAGCACAGCGUGCAGAUUGCCCGGGGCUCCUCCCACCAAGUGGAGUAUGAGAUCCUCUUCCCCGGCUGUGUCCUCAGGUGGCAGUUUGCCUCGGACGGGGCGGACAUCGGCUUUGGGAUUUUCCUGAAGACCAAGAUGGGGGAGCGGCAGCGAGCGGGUGAGAUGACGGAGGUGCUGGCCAACCAGCGGUACAACGCCCACAUGGUGCCCGAGGACGGGACUCUGACCUGCAGCGAGCCUGGCAUUUAUGUCCUGCGAUUCGACAACACCUACAGCUUCAUUCACGCCAAGAAGGUCAGUUUCACCGUGGAAGUCUUGCUUCCCGACAAAGCUUCGGAAGAGAAGAUGAAGCAGCUGGGGGUGGUCACCCCAAAGUAAUGCCUUCUCCCACUGCAGGCCUGGCCCCCUCAUGUCUCCUUGCCGAUUUUCACCCCCUGUGGCAGUCAGU